GGCCGGCGCCGAUCUCUGCUCGCGCCAUGGGAGAUCGGGUUGAGAAGGCCCUCUUUGAUUUGGAGGAGUUGAAGCUCCGCCUGGCCGCUGCGCGCCUUUCGAGCGGAGUCGGCGAAGCGGGCUCCGGCGAGGGCGCCGACGCGUCGCCGGAGGAGGGGUCCUUUGGCACCCCGCUGGAGUUCUUGCAGCGUCAGGUCUUGGAGCUGGAGACGGCUUUGCAGGCUGCUGUGCUGCGGCGGAGCGCCUUGGCAGAGGCCCAGCCCCAGCCGUCCCCUGGGUUGUUGGCGCCGGUCCGCCUGCCGCAACGCCGGCCGCAGCGUGCAGAGGGCCCCCAGCCGCCAGGCCCUGCAGUGCUGAACUACUUCAAGGAGAAGCUGGAUGAAUGUUUGGAGGACCGGCGGCGCUUCUUCGAGCGCUACCUCCUCCUGCGGGAGCUCUGCCUCUCGCGGGCCUGCGGCUUGCCGCAGCUGCGCCCAGCUGUGUCUCAACCUUGUAGGGGCGACAAGCCGACUCCCGAGGAGGUGCUGGCAGAAUGGGAGCGCACAUGGCUGCCAAGUGACCAGGCGCUGUUGGAGGCGCGGGUGCUGCGCGCCCGCGCCCGGCAUCGGCGUUUCUUCGAGGAGGUCCGCGCCAAGGAGAUGCGGGCGGAGGCGCUGCUGCGCCAGGGCGAAGAAAGCCGCGGCCUGGACGCGGAGCGGCUCCAGCUGCUGCAGCGGCUCACGGGCUGCGGGACGGCCGCCGGCUCCGCCGCGUGGCGCUGGCGGGGCACAUAGCUCCUCGGCCCCGGCCCCGGCGCCUUCGCGCGCCGGGCGGUCAAGAAGGCCCUGGAUGCCGCGCGCGCGCCAUGCC